CUUCAGCAAACGAAAGUCUUAAAUAAAUUCGUACCUAGUUGAAAGUAACAAUUUGUCAACAAUGUAAAUACAUGUCUUCAUUUCUGUUUUGACUUUUGACAUUACUACUCAAACUUGGAAGGUUGAAGGUAUACCAAGAUGCCUCCAAAGAAAAUUGUUGAUAAAACUUCUACAUCAGCUAAAAUCACAAAUGAACAGAAUCAACCUCAGAAUAAACGAAGAGGGAGGAAGCCGAAAGUGAAUACACCAACGGUUAUAAAAGUAAAAAUUAAACCACCAGCGAAAACUCUCCUUAUGUCAUGUAAGAAACCAGAGAUACCUGACAGCAAGGGCAACCAGUCACCGAAGAUCAGCCCUGGAGCCAAGAGAAAAAUUGACCUUGCAAAUGAAGUGGCUCUAGCGCAACUGACAAAUUCAAAAAUAGAAGAUAUUCCGCCGCCAGCUAAAAAAGUAAAGAAGGAAGAGAAAGUUCCAAAUGUCUCAAAGAAAAAAAAGAUAACAAAGAGCAAAUCAAUAAAAAAGAACGGAGACAUUACAACUAAGACACCAUCCACUGAAGAUCCGAGCACAAGAAAGGUACCAAAACAGAAAAUGCAACUUAAAAAAGGACGAUCCAAAAAGAGUGACGAAAAGAUAGACACUAAGACCGAAGCUAAGUCUAAUGCUGCAAGCAAGAGAAAAGCUGACUCGACUUCGAAACCUGAAGCGACACGGAAAAGCAGUCGAAUUAAGACUAAUGUCAAUGAGACACAACUUGAAACUUGUCCAGACCAGAGUACAAAUAAAGGUAAGCCCAAAGAAUUAGACGGUGUGUCUACCACCGGACACCAGCAGUCGCCCUCCAUACUACAAGAAGCAAGCAAACUGCUUAAAGACGAUGAAACUAUGAAAAACAAAGUCGAGAAUGAACCUUCAACCCCAGGUCAAAUCGACUCCAGAAAAACUAGCACUUCCGAAUGCCUCUCCUGGACGAGAGACAUAUCCUUGUCGAGUACAACCACUUGCUUGACUGUAGGGUCCAAUGACAUCGUCCGAUUCGACAAGAAGUUUCCCGUAGUAAAGCUCUCAAAUAUUGAUAAGGAAUGGAAUAAGAUACAAGAGAGACGCGCGCAGUCUGAUAGUUCCGACUCGGAAAGUGACGGGGAGUCGUCCAGCUCGUCAAGCAGUUGCAGCUCGCGUUUGUCCACCUCAUUGUCGCGGUCGUUGAACCUCAGCUCCCCAUCAUUACCUCCAGACAACACCCACCAAACAAACGAAGACAAUGUAUCCGACACCAAAGCUAUGCAUUGGAACAUUUUACAACAAAUCUCUUCAGUAUUAGAAAAGUUUGAUCUAGAAUUCGCCAGUUGGGUCGGCUAUGAGAAUCAAAAUAUUGAAACUCGAACGGACCCUGGAACCUACCAAGAAAUAAUUAAAAUGCUAUCAGUCGAACUAGAAAUGUUAACAGACUUCAAAUACAUUGGAAGUAAUCUCGGACGAUGUAAAAAAGUUACAAAUAAUAGAGUUGGGAAUGAAGAAUCUGUGAACAAAAUUACUCAGAAUAAUGUUGAUGUAAAUAAUUAUGUAGACAAAUCCGAAGAGGAUGAUAAUUUCACUUCCGUUAGAAGCAAGUACGUUAUGUUGAACCAAAGUUGCGAGGGUGAGCAGGACUCGCUGCAACCACCUCCAGACCAAAGAAGUCCAAGCGUUGAAAUUUUCCAUUUAGAAAGAGACAGAUAUACGUCAUUCGACGAGCCGUACAUCGACGACGAUGAUGCAUUGUCACUUUUUGCUGAAAGUAUAGACAUAGAAUCUUCCAAAUUCAAUAGUUCAGCCAAUUCCAUGUGUGCCAAUGCAUCAGAAUAUGAACAUGAAGAAUAUAUCCCUCAGCCAAUGGUGCCAAGAGAAAAACAUCCCGAAACCAGCUACAUACCAACUAAAAUUACCGAUACUAACGACCAAACCGGUCAAAACUCAAAAACUAAAAUUAUUUGUGAAAAACAAAACGCGGAUUCGACAUCUAUUCACAAAGAAUCUGAAUCUCAUUCUGCUCAAGCCAUGGAGCGUAUAGUAAGUGAACAUAAUCGGCCCAUUCAGAACACUGGUUUGCAGACAGCUACGUGUUCAUUAAAUAUAACCAUACCGCCUGCUGCAUUCACAAAAAAGCCACCCCUUCUGGUUAGUACUCUGCACAAGCCAACAGCGGGUGUCAAAAGCGUUGUGUUCAGAGGCGUCUGCUUCUUCAACCUCAUAUCUAACUGCAAAAAGAGUCGUUGUGUAUUCCCGCACGUGUAUUUGGAUAAACUUGAGGUGAGCAACAGGUUAUCGGCGCUAACCAACGAAAUGUUCAUUCAAGAGUACAUGCUUCUCCGGAGCUGGCCGGAUAUCCGGCGGGUAUACGGCUUCUGUUACGUGGCCGAAUGUAUCAGAAGAACACUCACAGAGGUUCUCCUAGAAAUGGUCAUCGAUUUUAUUUGCAAGGAGAAAUUGGAUUCGACCGAUGACGCCGAAUUAAAAGUGUAUGUAGUUGAACGGACUUUGUUGUAUCUGAACGAUGUUGAUCUGAGCACUUGCGACGAUUUGUUGCAAUACGAAUUUUAUCCAGGCGUACUGCUGUGCGACGUGUUCAUGCAAAAUAUAGCUGAGACGCAAAACUUCUCAAGAUUCAAAGCCGUGUUUAUAAAGCUCACAGACUUUAUCACAAAAAUCGGGAGGGCGUUCCAACUCGACGUCGCGAGCCAUAUUUUGGAAAGAGUCUGCAUUUUGCCGUGCGAGGAGCAGCUCGUGCUGGCUGUGAUGAAAAUGAUUCGAAAGACAGAUGCGAAAAUUUUCGAGAAUUCCAUGAUGACGUCAUUUGAAAAGCAUCUGACUGGUUUAGACGGAGCUUUGUAUGAUGAAUUACAUUCUCUCAGACAACAGGCUUUCGUUGCGCGGGUUGAGGCCGCGGCGAACACGGCUCGGUCACCUCAGCUCAAUAAGGAGGAAGAGCCCUUGGUCUUGAUGAGACCUCUUAGAGACGAGAGGUACACAUCCCCAGACACCACCAAAAUAGACAACGCGAACAAGCCGUCCAACCCGCCUCUAACACAAACAGUUAAAAUUGUUCGGCCUUCGAUCUUCAACCAUUUGUUCAAGUCGAAAUCCAAUCCUAAUUCUCCCAUGGCAAGGGAGAGAGUUAUUAUGGGGUCACCCACUCGCUCUUGGAGGGGCCAUAAUAAUUUUGUUACUCCAAAUAUGCCGAGGUUCAGACCUCCUCGGCAGCUGUUGAAGAGACACAUGGAUCAAGUCGCAUUCGGACCCACGCCUCCUAAGUUCCUAAGAAAAGCUGGACCGGACUUCUUCUGAGUGCUGUAACUAUCAGGUAUUUGCUUAGCUGACAGUAUCGGGGUCUGUAUAGAUUCGCAUCGCCCGCGACGCGAUAUAUAUCGUGGGUUUCUUCCGAUAGACGCACGCAGUUGUACGUAGACGGGGUUCACUGCGUCUAGUGGUCGAAACCCGCAUUUUUAAUCGCGACGACCGCGAUAACGUAACUCGUGCAGACCCCGUAGUGUGCGUAUGCGGUAUAAACUAGUCUUAAUGUUAGGACUUCUAGUGUAAAUACUAGGCACUCAGGUAAUUAUAACAUUUUAUAAUAUAACUCUGUUCAAUAAAGAAACGUUAUACAAAAGCGUAAUUAUCAUUACGCUAUCUAUAUUUUUCUUUACGAUAUGUGGUUGAACGAUAAACCACAGUCAUCCAUAUAUUGUUACUAUAGUCUGAUUGCGAGCACUCUACCUCGUUACACCCCGGAAACUCCAUACAAAAAUCCUGUUCUCACACUACACACAGGUGUCCCGCUCUUCCUUGUGCGUUGGAGUGAGACAGACAGUAUCUCUUACUUCUUACAUCCAAAAUAUUCUUCUUAAAUAAAAUAUAAUAUAAAAAAAAUAUGUAAUUAUAAUAUAUAUAUAUAUAAUGGUGUUGAUUCCUGUAAACACCAUCUAAUUUUAUUUUAAGUUAUAUCUGUCAUUUUCUUAUAAAAAAAGUAAAGGAAAGGGACGGGCAAUCGACAGACAAAAUUUAUGGAACACACGUCAAUUUUACGCAGAAAUUAAAAACCCCUCCCAAAAUUUUAUAUUGGCCAAUAACCCGACAGAAUUAACUUGUCAGCACAUGUCAAACAGGUUGAAUAUCAGCGGGAUGCCUAUUUUAUUCGCCCGGGUCAUUAAUUAAUAAAUUAACAGUUGUCAAUCAUAUUUCCCUUUCCUUUUCGACGGAUAAGAAAAUUACGGGUAUAACUUAAAUUUAGGAAGUGCCGCAGGAAUCGGAGCCAAUUUAAGUGUAAUACUUAAAAUGUUACUAAACAUAAUAUAUGUGAUUCUAGACAAAGAAUUAUAAUAAUAUCUUAAGACCCAUGUUGUAUGUUGGAAAUGGGUGAAUCUCAAAAUGUGUCAAGUUUGGUGGCGACUGUCAUAUAAUUUUUUCGUGAAAAAUUGGGAAAAUUGGGAAUUGAAAAAUUCCUUUUUCAUGUCGGAACCGAGGAUCCUUUUGGAUCUUUUUCAUGUCGGAACCCAAUUUAUCACGAAAAAAUAAUAUGAAAUUUCGCCACCAAACUUGAAAUUUUGAGAUUCACCAAAUAACGUUAUAUUUACCAGUUAUUUAUAUUAUUUUUUAUUGCGUAAUCUCGAUUUAAACAUAUCUUUGGUAUUGUUAAAGUAGAGUAAGAGUUUAAUAGCAGCUACAUUUUUCAAAUUUUAUAACAACCUCAUUUACCACGCGGUCCGCUUACCUAAUCAGAAGAUUUGACAGGUCCGGUUUUUUAAAGUAGCGAGGCAGUGUUGUAACCCCAAGGGAAAACCAGCACAAUACAGGUUAGGUCACAUAUCUCCAAUACAUUUCUCGGGUAAUAUGAUUUGAUUUUCACGAUGUUUUCCUUCACAGCUGAGAUUAAAGAUACAAACAUAAAUUCGAAAAUUUUGGUUUAGGCCCCAUACCCCAUGAACCUGCGACCUCAUAAUGAGAGUCAAGCUACUAGGCCUAUAUGUAUUUAUGAUUUGCUUAUAGGUAUAUAAAUUAUAGAAAUCUUUUUCCGGGAAAAUAUGUACCUAGGUCGACAUUUUAAAAAUAGAUGUCAAAUUAUCCUAUUAAUGUUAUUAAUAGAAGUUAUAAGAUUUAAUUUAAUUAUUAAGACUAAGCAAACCGACCAUAACAAAAAAUAUUUACAAUAUGCAACUAUUAACACUGACAGGACAGUAAUGUAAAAAUGUAUAUAUUUUUAAGUUACAACAGUUUUUUUGUAAAACAAAGUUUAGAUAGUAUAGUACCUUUAGUAUUUUGACUUAGAAUGUUUGUAUAGCACCUUAUAAAAAUGUGAUUGAAUAGAGUUUAAAAUGCCACUGAAAUGCCAAGUUAACACAGAUGGUGCUAGUUACACAGGCGGUGGGGUUAUACCUCAAUGAAUGUAGCAUGAUUAGAGUGACAACAGGACCGAGAUAUAGUUUACAGUCUGGUGCGAAAGAGACGAGAGAUACAUUUAUUUUGCAAUAUAUCCAAACCCCAUUGUUUAACUACUGUGUCUGGACAUCUCGGCCUUCUUGGUGGUGGAGGUGGAUUACCAACCUCAUCAACCCUGGUCUCAGGGUUAUUAUUGAGCCGCCAGAGGACACAUGGCUCAUGUAACGACUACUUACAUCAUCAGUAAGAAGUAGUAACCGGGAGCAACGGCUUAACGUGCCGUCAGAAAGAAGCACGGAUUAUUUUACUUUCGGAAAAUCAGGUGAUCAGCCUGGAAUGUCCUAACCAAACUAGGGAUCACAUAGUAUUUUUUGUGUUAUGUCCCCACCGGGAUUCGAACCUGGGACUUCCGGAUCGUGAGUCCAACGAUGCACCACUGAGGUCGUUAUUAUCGUUAUAUCGGCAUUAGGACGGACUAUAUUUCUGUCCUGCUCUCAUGCUUCAUUUAACGAGGUAUAAAGUGGAUUUUCGCUGAAGACAGCGUACUAGAACGAGAGAAGCUAUAUCGCUCUCUCCCUCGCGGUGAUUGGUCGAUUCCUGCACAUCUACGUCUCACACCUUUCAUGUAGGUCUAACAGAAAGCGCGGUAAGGUGUACUUAGAUCAUCUUGCUGAGCUCAACGCCCACUCUGCUUCAGUGGAAGGAAACCCACCCAACGGUGAAGAAAAAUGAUUGAAAGCUGGUCUUUUGUUAUUUCUAUGACUGCUCAUAGAGCUAGGAAUAUAACAGAACAACUUUCUACUAAAACGUCUUGUUUCAAAUUUCAAUAUUUAAGUGUAAAAGUGGUGAUGUUUAAAAAAAAUAUGGGCAAACGUAUGAACCGUAAGUCCUCUGGAGUGUACUCUAUUUCCGUCUCAGGGUUUCGACCGUAUGUCAUUUUUUAUUUAGACUGCCUACCUCCAAAGUACAUGUUAUAGUACAGACGAGUUACUCAAGUUUGAUAUUCAUAUACGAUAAAACUCGAGGGUAUUAGAUAUAUAAAUAAAUAAAUAUAUGUAUUCAAAUACUAAUCAUGCAUAGCAUGUGUGAAGAACGGUGUAAUAAUGUGAUACCUAACCAGAAAUAUAAAGGCCUUUGUCAAAUUACGGCAUAAUUUAGAAUUAAAUCUUAUUUUUCUACAAAUGCCCCUCAUCACAGGGUUUAUAUGGCUGGUUACAUCAUUAAAGUUGAACAUCAAUUGACAGCACGGAACCGCAUGUUCCUGUUUCUAUCCUUUUCUGACACACAGAACUGUAAUUCGCUAAAGCGAGAUAAUGCGACCACACGCGGCAGAAUCGACGAGGAAUCGGAGUGUAGUCGCAUUCGACGUUCUUUAUCUCGCUCUAGCAAAUGACAGUUCUGAGUGACAGAAAAGGAUGGAAGCUUAAGAAUGUGCGAUGUGGUGCAGCCCGAUCACCACGGAAUAGAAGAAAGAGGUUGGAAAGGCCCUAACGCGCAUUUUGUAUGGGAAUCGCUGACGUAGAUUCAACCCCCAUUCUCUUUUACUACUACUCCUGCAAACAGAUAACUACGAUAGCUCUACUGCUACAAAUUCCAUAGCCACAUUACCUGCAAUGUAUGCUUUAUGCGAUAGGCUGCACUUUUAUCAUUGCUUUUCGUAAGAUACUGCAUACAAUGAGAAAUAGCCAAUCAUACUAAAGUUUUUAGUUUUCCUGUGACAAAGAGGACCUCCUUGCUUGCUUGCGGCGCGAAUUAUAUUGAGCGCUUGGACCAAGAAACGAUACGAAUGCUAUCGCGCGCGGCGCGGUUGUCAUGCAGACCCGGCUGCAGGUUAUUGACCUUUUAAUAUACUAUCGCGGAGCUCCAUGCGUCGUAGUUUGCGGACGACUGGAGUGCAAAGUUGAAGUAUGAACUAUAUCCUAAUACUUGUGAGGCGCGCGUUUUGCGCUCACUUAGGUGACCCUUUCCAACCUCUUUCGUCUAUUCCGUAGUGCUCACGAUACAUAUGUGUGUGUGUGUUUUAUACUCAUUGCCAAAACAAUCUUAAAGUAAUGUUUGUGACAUACUAAAUUUAUAUUUUUUUGUAGAUUGUUUAUAAUUGAUUAGGUAACGAACGUCACCUUAUAGUGAAUACCUAGUAAGCGCCUUUUUGAAAAAUCACAUUAUGAUUUUCAUGAAAAAAAAAACUCGAAUUUCAAUCCAUUAAUUUCAUUCCGGAUAAAAAUUGAGACCAUAAAUUUUUAUUUUUUUACCUGUUGCGAGGUUUUGUUAACAAAAAUCUCAGACAAAAAGUCGCUUAUGUUGUUUUCACUACAAGGCGACUAUAAAUAUCUUCACGGUAAUUUUGAUUAAAUAAUUUAGUGUGAUAAUAGAUAAUAAAGGAGGAUUAAACGCUGAAAUGUUAAGCUUGAGUUAUAUAGGAGCGUAUAAUGCGCGUUGAAACCGUGUUAGCAUUAUAUUUAAAACUAAAAUGUGAUAUCGUCAGUGUCAUUUUAAACUAAAAACUUAGAGAUAGAUUUAAAAAAUAAGCUGCACGGCAACCGCACCAAUUAUAUCGAGGGCUUCGACCAAUAAGCUUUACGACGUCUAUCCACAUAGAUAGCAUUAGCUGCGUCUAUUGGUCGUAACCGUCGAUAUAAAUCGCGUCGCGCGCUUGCCGAGCGGAACCUGCUGAUCUUGUUCUUUAACUGUGCGUUUACGUUGUUUAAAUUUAGAUUUCUCCAAAAAGAAUUGCAACUAACGCAGGUACAACGGCAAAAUGUAAAUUUAAGCCCUUGUCCUUAGUAUAAAUAAGAAUACAUAAAUCAGGUUUUAUAACCUAACAACUUUUUUUGUGUUAAGACAUUGUUUUAGUGUAAACUUAGAUAGGCAUUUGUUAUUCAAUUAAAAAAUGUUAAAUAGUUUUUUUUUAAUUAAUGCAGACUGAAAAGAAUAAAAAAUGAAUAAGA